UAACAGUACGAUUGAUGGUAGGGUUUUGAUGUGUCGUUAGGGGUUAAGAAUUUCUCGGACGUUAUGUAUAUAGAGAAAUGUUAUUUAAUGAUCAUAAUUACAGUGAAAAAGGAAGGAAUUAUGGAUAUUUAUCAUUAAGGACAGCGCACGUGCAUCCAGUCUGGGUGCUGGGUGCAAUUUUGCUGUGUAUGCCAGUUUUACUCACCCUGCUGAGAAGAGGUAUGGCAAGCAGUUACACAGCAGGAACUCAUUCUGUUGCCUAUGUAACAGCACCCAGUGAAGACGUGGCAAAGAAACUUGCUCAUGGUAUUGUGGCUAACAAACUGGCAGCUUGCAUUAACGUUAUACCCAAGAUAACUUCUAUAUAUGAAUGGAAGGGAGAAAUCAAUGAAGACUCAGAAGUGCUAAUGAUGAUCAAAACUAGGACAUCUCGGGUUGAUGAACUAGCAGAAUAUGUCAGGUCAAAUCAUCCUUAUGAAGUGAGUGAGGUUAUCUCUUUACCAAUUGAGAAUGGGAAUCCACCAUACUUGGACUGGAUUGGCGAGACUGUUCCAAAGAAAUCAUAGCUUCAAAAUCCAUACACUGAUGUCAUCAAUACAAGUUUUAUCAGAUGGAAGAGUCUUUUUCUUUUUUGUAAUACUGGUGUCAAUAUGAAAACAGAAAAUAUAAAUGGUUUAAGGAAUAAACAUGAUUUCUAAUAAAAUGGCUUUAUUUUCUGGAAUACUUACUUCAGAAUGGCUGACACAGAAUAAC